AUGUGGAGGUUCAGGUCACCUCGAAUCUCUAAUCUUGUUGGUAGAUUGAGUUUAAUUAAAGUAAGUGAUGUGAAGGUUCAGCACCAGCGUUGCUGUCACAGUCAAGUGUCCCCUCCUCCAUCGAGUUUGCAACAGACAAAAUGUGAUCCUCCUCCCGACACCCUAGUUCCGAGGAGUUAUAUUGGGGAAAACGUAUCAAGAAAAGAUAAGAACAAAUAUCUUUACUCUACACUGCUUGAACUCAACGACAGUAAGGAGGCUGUAUAUGGUGCUCUUGAUGCAUGGGUUGCGUGGGAACAAAACUUCCCCAUCGCUUCAUUGAAAACAAUAUUGAAUUCUCUUGAGAAGGAACAACAGUGGCAUAGGGUCGUGCAGGUAAUUAAAUGGAUGCUGAGCAAAGGGCAGGGGAUGACAAUGGGAACAUAUGGUCAAUUGAUACGGGCUCUAGAUAUGGACCAUCGAGUGGAAGAAGCACACAAAUUUUGGGAAAUGAAAAUUGGUUCUGAUUUGCAUUCAGUUCCUUGGCAAUUGUGUCAUCUCAUGAUAUCUGUAUAUUACCGAAACAACAUGCUGGAAGAUCUGGUUAAGCUUUUCAAGGGUCUGGAAGCUUUUGAUCGAAAACCUCGGGAUAAAUCUAUUGUUCAGAAAGUGGCAAAUGCAUAUGAGAUGUUAGGCUUAGUUAAAGAGAAAGAGAGGGUACUGGAAAAAUAUAGCCAUCUCUUCACAGAGGAAGGACCAACUAAGACACAUAGAAGGAAUUCAUUUGAGUCAAAGAAACAUAUGUAUCUUACCAAAGAGAAAGGGCGCGAAAAUCAAUCUGGAAAGGCCUUGUCUGAGGAAAAAUAG